AUGAGAAUUUUAGGGCAUUAAAAUAGUGCUGGUUGGAUUAGGUCCGAUAAACCUCUAUAAACCCCCCAAAAGCCAUCCAUUUUUCGCUGAAGUUGUGAAUCGAUGGCAUUUGCCUCUUCUCUUCGCCGCGUUCUCAAGCCUUCGUCGAUUCUUCAAUCACACUUCACUUCGAUUCGUUCAAAUUCAACCCUCACCUCUCCAAAGCUCUUCGUUAGCGGCCUCUCAAGGUUAACAACAGAUGAAAAGCUUAGAGAAGCAUUUUCGGCGUUUGGUCAACUUCUUGAAGCAAAAGUUGUCGUAGAUAGAGCCUCAGGAAGAUCGAAAGGGUUUGCUUUUGUUACGUAUGCAUCCAUAGAAGACGCUGAGCAGGCGAGAAAGGACAUGAAUGCCAAGUUUUUGGAUGGGUGGGUUAUUUUUGUUGAUCCUGCCAAACCAAGAGAACCAAGACCUCCACCUCAACCCGAGUCACAACCUUCUGAAACGGGUUUCAGAGUGAACAAGACCAUCGGUUGGUGUGGUUAAUUGCUGAAAAGUUUUUGCUCGUGUCGUUGUGCUAAGAGUCAUUUAAUGAAAUUAGCCAUGAGUGGUUUUGUUUCAAAUCCAUCUUGAAUUGGUGUUCUUGGACGGACAUUUCUGGAUUUAUAAGUGAAGAGGAAAAUUAAUUAAACCAUUGUUUUGGGUACCAUAUGAUUUUGAACUUAUACUAUUGCUAUGCUAAAUCCUUUGGUUGUUGUAGAAUGGAACUUGUUACGGAAAAUAUUUUCUAUGGAAUAUUUUUUUUUUGGGUA